AUGGGUCCAUAUUUGUCUAAUCCAAUUACAGAAAAAAUCACAAUAGAAGAUGAAUAAAAUUAAUACUUAAAAUAUUCUUAUGCCGAAAUGCAAGGUUGGAGAAAUACAAUGGAAGAUUCUCAUAUAUCUAAUAUAAAUAUAGGAGAGGAUAUAGCUUUAUUUGGUAUAUUUGAUGGACAUGGGGGACAUGAAGUAGCAAGAUUCGUAGAAUUACAUUUUAUAGAAGAGUUAAAGAAAAACGACAAUUUUUUUAAAAAAAAUUUCGAACAGGCUUUAAAGGAGACAUUUUUAAAAAUGGAUGAAUUAAUGUUAAAAAAGGAAGGCUUAUCUGAAUUAUUAAAAAUAAAAAGUAAUAAUAAUAAUAAUAAUGCUUACGAUGAAAACGAUAUAAAAUAAACUUAUGCUGGAUGUACUGCAAAUGUAGCCUUAAUCUAUAAAAAAUAACAAAUCUAUGUCGCGAAUUCCGGAGAUUCGAGGACUGUAUUGUGCACAAAAGAUAAAAAACCAAUAGAAUUAUCAAUUGAUCAUAAACCAGAUAAUAUAGAGGAAAAAAAUAGGAUUUAAAAAGCAGGAGGAUUCAUUUCAGAUGGAAGAGUUAAUGGAAAUUUGAAUUUAUCAAGGGCUUUAGGAGAUUUCGAAUAUAAAAAAGGAGCUAAAUCUCCUGAAGAUUUUAUCAUUUCGGCCUUUCCUGAAGUUAAGAUAAAGGAAUUAAAUUAAGAUGAUAAAUUUGUUUUAAUGGGAUGUGAUGGAAUAUGGGAAUGUAUGACUAAUUAAGAAUUAAUGGAUUUUUGCUAUGAAAGAAUAUAAAAAGGAAUGAAAUUAAAAAACAUUCUAAUUGAAUUACUAGAUACUAUUAUUGCAAAAGAUACUAGUGAUGGAGUCGGAUGUGAUAAUAUGACAACAAUAUUAAUAUAAUUAAAAUGA